CAACAGAAGAUCCCCAAAAUGGACGCCUCCGUCGUCGCCAUCGCCGGCGAUGGAGACGAGGUCGACCGCCGACGACCCCUCCUCGCACCCACCAACGAGAUUCACCCCUACCCCGAACCCCCCUUACCGCCGCAGCCGCCAGGGACCGACGCGAAGCCCGAGCAGCAGAAGCCGCAGCGGGUGGCCUCGCUCGACGUGUUCCGCGGCCUCACCGUCGCCAUGAUGAUACUCGUGGACGACGCCGGCGGGGCGUGGCCGGGGAUAAACCACGCGCCGUGGUUGGGGGUGACCGUGGCGGACUUCGUCAUGCCCGCCUUCCUCUUCAUCAUCGGCGUCUCCGCGGCCCUCGUCUUCAAGAAAACACCAAACAAGAUAGCGACAUCUAAGAAGGCUGCAUAUAGGGCUAUCAAGCUUUUCAUCUUGGGCAUAAUUUUGCAAGGAGGAUACAUUCAUGGACGACACAAUUUAACUUAUGGCGUUGAUUUGGAUCAUAUUCGAUGGCUAGGUGUGUUACAGAGAAUAGCUAUUGGGUACUUUCUAGCAGCAAUAGCUGAGAUUUGGCUCGUCAACAAUACUUUGGUGGAUUCACCAGUAUCAUACAUGAAGAAAUACUACAUGGAGUGGAUCAUGGCCAUAAUGAUUUCAGCUCUUUAUAUCAGCUUAGUAUUUGGCCUUUAUGUUUCAAAUUGGGAAUUUAAAGUUCAAACUAGCAAUUCAACCUUUUCAAAUCCAAGCAAUGAAGUAGGAUUCAAAACGAUCCACUGUGACGUUAGAGGUAGUCUUGGACCCCCUUGCAAUGCAGUUGGCUUCGUUGAUCGAUUUUUGCUCGGUGAAAAUCACCUGUACAAGAACCCUGUCUACAAAAGGACUAAGGAAUGCAGCGCUAACUCCCCUGAUUAUGGACCACUUCCUCCAAAUGCCCCAGACUGGUGUCUUGCUCCAUUUGAUCCCGAGGGUUUACUAAGUACGUUGAUGGCUGCAGUGAGUUGCUUUGUUGGGUUGCAUUUCGGGCAUGUUUUGAUUCAUUGCAAGAAUCAUUCACAGCGAAUGAUGUCAUGGCUGGUGGCUUCAACAGUGUUAACAGUCUCAGGGUUUUUACUACAACUAUUAGGUAUGCCUUUCAGCAAACCUCUCUAUACAGUGAGCUACAUGUUGCUCAGUGGUGGAGUGUCUGGAUUCCUUCUGUUGGUGCUGUACUACGUAGUUGAUGUUAUGCAUAUCAAGAAGCCAUUAGUUCUGUUCCAGUGGAUGGGCAUGAAUGCGCUUAUAGUCUAUGUCCUGGCAGCUUGCGAGCUCUUCCCUACACUUAUUCAGGGAUUCUACUGGCGGUCGCCUGAGAACAACCUGGUGGAUGCAACCGAGUCUCUGCUCCAGAUCAUCUUCCAUUCGGAACGUUGGGGAACACUGGCGUUCGUCCUCGUGGAGAUAAUUUUCUGGUGUCUGGCCGCCUGCUUCCUCCACAUGAAAGGCAUAUACCUGAAACUGUAGACACAUUUACGCCCUUGUGUAAUAUUGGAUUGACACACCCUUUCGCCCUUUGACCUAAUGUUGAUAGAGCUACUGGUUCAUAAAAUUAAUGUGUUUGAACAUGGUCCAUUGUAUGAUGCAAGUGGAGUCCCACCAAGAUCCCACUUAUAGUUCAUUUUGUGAUUUCUGCAGUUCAAAUUGUGGCCAAAAUUUUGAACUAGAAAUCACAAAAUGAAGUAUAAGUGAGAUUUUCGCGGGAUCCCACUUGACACCUUAGUUGUAUCGCAUUUGUACAUAGGAAGUUGUCAAUGAUGGGCAAGUUUGGUUGGUUGCUCCA